AUGGCUCCUCCCGCCUUGAGGAGCCUUCUCAUCGGGGCUCUGGCAUGUCUUCCCGUCCUGGCAUCGGCACAGCGCAACUAUUCGACGACGGCCGAUAUGCUGCGUGCCCAGCUUUCCCUGCUUGACGACCGACCCUCUGACUGUCCGCCCUGCUUCAACUGCCUUCUCCCUGCUCACAAGUGCACCCAGUUCGCUGGCUGCAACGACUUUACCGGCAAAUGCAACUGUCCUGAGGGUUUCGGAGGCGAUGACUGCCUUGAGCCACUAUGCGGAUCUCUCUCCCGCGGCGACAACACCGAUAGACCUCGACGAACCGGUGACAAUUGCGAAUGCGACGACGGCUGGACCGGCAUCAACUGCAACGUCUGCACGGAAAACAAGGCCUGCAACGCCCUCAUGGAAACCAAGGAGGGUGGUGUUUGCUACCAAAACGGCGAGGUGAUCAAUCACAACUACCAGAUCUGCGAUGUGACCAACAAGAAGAUUACCGAUCUCCUCGGCGAGAAGCGUCCCCAAGUUACCUUUACCUGCAAGAAAGAAGAGGGCAACUGUGAUUUCCAAUUCUGGGUCGACGAACGUGAAUCCUUUUACUGCCACUUGAACGAGUGCAGCUCGAAUGCCGACAUUAAUGACAGUCAGAAUAGCACUGACUACAAGUGUAAUAAGAUCGAAUGCAACUGUAUCUCCGAGCGCAUGCUCUGUGGAGAAAACGGCUCCGUCGAUAUUGGCGAUUUCCUUGUCGAGGAAAUCAAGGGCCCCGCGGAGUUCCAGUGCUCGCAGAAGAAUGGCGGCGUCAACAACUGUGCCUUCAGAGAGCCUGCCAUGGAUGACCUUAUCCUGUCCCUGAUCGGCGACAGCAGCAUCCAGCUGAACUGUCGAUCUGGAGAGUGUCUGUACCACACCGAAGUCCCUGGUUACGAAAGGCCGGUCAAGAAAAUCAACACUCCGCUCAUCGCCAGUAUCAUCGCCGCCUGCUCCCUCUUUGUUGUUGCCGUCAUCCUCCUCACGUGGUAUCUUUCUCGCCGACAGUUCAAGUAUGGUGCCAUCGUGUUGGACGACUCCGACGACGAAAGCUUGAAGCUCAUGACUGAUCACAAGCCCGCCUCUCUCUACUUCGAGAAUGUAGCCUACGAGCUCAACGGGAAGCGAAUUUUGAACAACAUUCAGGGUAUGGCCCAUCCCGGAGAGGUGACCGCCAUUAUGGGUGCCUCGGGAGCUGGCAAGACCACCUUCCUCGAUAUCCUCGCCCGAAAGAACAAGAGAGGCCAGGUCUCUGGUGACUUCUUUGUCAAUGGCGAAAAGGUCACCGACGUUGAAUACAAGAACGUUAUCGGAUUUGUCGACCAAGAGGAUACUAUGUUGCCCACUCUCACAGUGCAUGAAACGAUCUUGACGAGUGCCCUCCUUCGCCUGCCCCGUAAUAUGGGUCGUGCUGCUAAGGAGCAACGUGUGUUAGAAGUUGAGAAGCAGUUGGGUAUCUACCACAUUCGGGACUCUCUCAUCGGCUCUGAGGAAGGCAAGGGUAGAGGUAUUUCUGGCGGAGAGAAGCGCAGAGUCGGCAUUGCCUGCGAACUCGUCACAAGCCCCUCUAUUCUGUUUUUGGACGAACCUACCAGCGGCCUGGAUGCCUACAACGCUUUCAAUGUCAUCGAAUGCCUAGUUACGCUGGCCAAGAACUACAAGCGUACUGUAGUCUUCACCAUUCACCAGCCGCGGUCCAACAUUGUGGCACUUUUCGACAGACUAGUCUUGUUGGCUCGUGGUGGCGCGGUUUACUCGGGUCCCUUCUCUCAGUGUCAGGCGUACUUUGACCAAAUUGGCUAUUCGUGCCCCCCAGGCUUCAACAUCGCCGAUUACCUGGUCGAUCUCACCAUGCACGCCGGCUCCUCGACUCCCGAAGAUGAAGGUGCUUUGAAUGCCGACGCCGCCAGCCUGGGUCCCAGUAGCACCACUGCUGUCAAGUCUAUCGCAAGCAUUUCUGGCGGCUCUAUCGGCGACGACAGCGGUGUGGAGUCCUCGUCUUCGCGACCCAAGAACCACCGCCGUGAUUCCGUCAAGAUCCGUCAAGAAAGGGAGCUCUUCACUCGCCGCAAGACCACUGUGGAUACGGCUGCUUCAUCGGAUGCUGGCGGCGAGGAUUUCGGAUCGUACAAGCUUCAGAACCAUUCAGGCUUUGUCCCGCCGGCCAGUGUUGAAGAAUCCCACGACCUCCCCCCUGCUGCAUAUGAUGGAACCGACCUGGACGUUUUGAUCCGAUCCUUCGCCGAGUCAGAUAUCGCAGGCUCCACGCAUGAUGAGAUUCAACAGUCCAUCACCGCCGCCCAGGGCGCCAAUGGACAAAAUGCCAAUGGCUACAAUCCCGAAGGACCCAACAUCCACAUCAGCGCUAUCGGCAAGGGCUACGUUCGGGUGGGCUACAUCCGCCAGUUCAUCAUCCUAUCCCAACGCACAUGGAAGAACCUGUACAGGAAUCCUAUUCUCAUGCUGACUCAUUACGCCAUUGCCAUUCUCCUCGCGGUCCUUUCCGGUUAUUUGUUCUACGGACUGACCGAUGACAUCCCGGGAUUCCAAAACCGCCUGGGUCUCUUCUUCUUCCUCUUGGCUUUGUUCGGGUUCAGCACCCUGACCAGCUUGAACGUCUUCGCUACUGAGAGGCUUUUGUUCGUGCGAGAACGCGCCAACGGCUAUUACUCACCCAUCACCUACUUCGCGGCCAAGAUUUUGUUUGACAUUAUCCCGCUGCGAAUCAUCCCGCCGCUUCUCAUGGGUGCCAUCAUCUACCCGAUGACUGGUUUGGUCCCUGACGCCAGCCACUUCUUUAAAUUCAUUCUCGUUCUGGUCUUGUUCAACUUCGCUGCAGCCGCGAUCUGUCUCUUCAUUGGUAUCAUCUGCAAGGACGGCGGAGUGGCCAACCUAAUUGGCAGUCUGGUCAUGCUGUUCAGCUUGCUAUUCGCUGGCUUGCUGCUCAACCACAACGCCAUCCCCAAGGCCGCUCUGUGGCUCCAGAUGCUGUCCAUUUUCCACUACGGCUUUGAGUCGCUCAUUGUCAACGAGGUGUUGCAACUCACACUGGUGGAUAAGAAGUACGGUUUGGACAUUACCGUCCCGGGAGCCGCGAUUCUGAGCUCCUUCGGUUUCAACAAUGACGCACUUUGGACCGAUGUCGUCAGCCUCGGUACCUUUGGAGUUGUCUUCCUUAUUCUAGCCUACGCCGCCAUGCACUUCCUUCUUGUCGAGAAGAGAUGA